AUGGCCGCUUCGGCCACGCCCAUCCCCGUCAGAUGCCACGGCACCACCUUGUUCGAGCUGCCGCUCAAGAAGCGCAAGCAGCGACGUCUACUCGAGCAGGAGCAACGCCGACGGGCUCUGCUGGAGGCGGAGGAGGCGUCGCGCUCCGAGGCGUGGUGCUACAUUGUCGAGUUUCUGCAACAGUCCGAGUGGUGUGAUCAAAUGGACCAGAUCGCCGUGGCAUCCGAUGCCGUCCCGACCAUGCACGACCUCGUGUCCUACGGCUUCCUGGACGAGAAGGAGGGCACGAUUGCAUGCCGGCGGCUGUUCAAAGCCCCCGUUGUGUGGGAUGAGCUGGGCCAUGGGCUGUGGAAAGUCCUGCGGUCUGUCGCCGACCAGAAGCGAGCUGCCCUGGACGAGGUCGCCAGGGCCAACGCCUGGAACGCAGUCGCCGAGGCCUCCAGCUCGGCCACCAGCUCAAGGAGAUCAUCGUCACGGCGGGUGUCGGAGGAUUCAUGCGCGACCACAAUGUCCGGCGAGUCGGUCUCGGGGCAUGCUUGGUUGAGCUCGUCGCCCGCCAGGAAGGGCAGCGUCCCUCGCAUCUUUGCCCGGAUCACGGCGAGGCGAUAG